CAGCAGGCUCGCUAUGGCUUCAGGUCCCCCUGGUGUAGUUGCCGCCGCCGCUGCUGCUGCUGCUGACUCAACACAAUUGGAAGGCCGCGGUGGUGUAGGCAAGAGGCGAAUUCUACGCUAAGUGGCGGCGGCAGAGGCAGCGGCGGCAGCAGAGGCAGCAGCAGCAGCAGCAGCAGCAGCAGCAGCAGCAGCAGCAGCGACAGCCUGGAGCUGAAUGCUGCAAGCGCCGGAUGACUCCAGCUGCUUCCUUUCUCGGUGCAAUCGGCAUCGUUCACAGCCACUGCUGGAGGGAAGUGUCGGUGCGUGGAGAGAAGCAUCACUGUCUGAGUGAAAUUGCUUGGAAAGCUCUCUCUCUCCCUCCCUCCCUUCCCCAACCUGGAGGCAAGAGCUUGGCGUUUGGCCGCCGCACUGGUGAUCCUUAGGAAGCUGACUUCAGAGAGGUAGACAGGAUGGCUAGCUCAGCCCGGGAGCACCUGCUUUUUGUGAGGAGGCGCAACCCCCAGAUGCGCUACACAUUGAGUCCAGAGAACCUCCAGAGUCUUGCCUCUCAGGGGUCCAUGCCUGAGAACAUGAACCUGCAGAGGGCUAAUAGUGACACUGACCUGGUGACUUCGGAAAGCCGCUCUAGCCUGACUGCGAGCAUGUAUGAAUAUACACUGGGCCAAGCCCAGAACCUCAUUAUCUUCUGGGACAUUAAAGAGGAAGUGGACCCUACUGACUGGAUUGGACUUUAUCAUAUAGAUGAGAAUUCUCCAGCCAACUUUUGGGAUUCCAAGAACAGAGGUGUGACUGGGACACAAAAAGGACAAAUUGUAUGGAGAAUUGAACCUGGGCCCUAUUUUAUGGAACCGGAAAUAAAAAUAUGCUUUAAAUACUACCACGGCAUUAGUGGAGCCCUGAGAGCUACUACCCCAUGUAUUACUGUGAAAAAUCCUUCUGUGAUGAUGGGGGCAGAAGGCAUGGAAGGAGGUGCUUCAGGAAGUCAACAUUGUCGGAAAUUAGUCAGUUUUACCUUGUCAGAUCUUAGGGCAGUUGGGCUAAAGAAAGGAAUGUUCUUUAAUCCUGAUCCUUACCUUAAGAUGUCAAUUCAGCCAGGAAAGAAGAGCAGUUUUCCUACGUUUGCCCAUCAUGGGCAAGAACGAAGGUCUACCAUCAUCAGUAACACAACUAAUCCAAUUUGGCACAGAGAGAAAUAUUCUUUUUUUGCACUUCUUACUGAUGUCUUAGAAAUUGAAAUUAAAGACAAAUUUGCCAAGAGUCGUCCUAUCAUCAAGCGUUUUCUUGGGAAACUAACCAUACCAGUCCAGAGGUUGCUGGAACGUCAAGCCAUUGGUGAUCAAAUGCUCAGCUACAACCUUGGCAGGAGGCUCCCAGCUGACCAUGUGAGUGGGUAUCUCCAGUUCAAAGUUGAGAUUACAUCUUCUAUUCAUGAAGAUGCUUCACCAGAAGCAGUUGGCACCAUCCUUGGAGUGAAUUCUGUGAACGGAGACCUGGGGAGUCCCUCUGAUGAUGAGGACAUGCCAGGGGGACAUCAUGACUCCCCUCCAGUCUGUUCUAAUGGUCCAGUAUCUGAGGAAAGUGCUCCAGAUGGCACUCCAAAGCAUUCCUUUAGGACUAGCUCUACUAUGGAAAUAGACCCGGAGGAACUAACCUCUAGUUCUUCCAGGACCUCCCCUCCCAGAGGACGGCAGGAUUCACUGAAUGAUUAUCUAGAUGCCAUUGAACACAAUGGUCAUUCCAGGCCUGGGACAUCAGCCUGUGCUGAGAGGUCCCUUGGAGCUUCUCCCAAACUAAGGAGUAGUUUCCCCACUGAUACCAGACUCAAUGCCAUGCUUCACAUUGACUCUGAUGAAGAGGAUCAUGAGUUUCAGCAAGAUCUAGGUUAUCCUUCUUCCUUGGAAGAGGAAGGGGGGUUAGUAAUGUUUAGUAGUGCUUCAAGAACUGACAAAGGCCACUCAAUGAGUCAGGCAAAGCCAGACACCAACACUGCUGAGGGGGAGGAAGCCCCAGCAGUUGAAGCUGUUUCACUGGAGGAUAAGCAGGAGGAGGAACUUCCAGAGGUUCCUGACAGUUCCUCGGUUUCAGAUGCAGCUGUAGAAGAAGGAGAAAAUGGCCAGGAACCUCAGCCAAGUGCAGAGCAACGCAGUGGUGAAUUAUGUGACUCUCAAGAGGGUGACCAGCCUACCAGUGAUGCCCCCGGAAAUUCAGAUAUGCUGGGAGAAAGCAGAAGGGCCAUCAGCGAAACUGAGUCUAUUGACCAAGGCUCUGAACCUUCCCAGGUAUCAUCUGAAACAGAGCCUAGCGACCCUGCGCGGACUGAGAGCGUCAGUGAGGCGAGCACCAGGCCCGAGGGAGAGAGCGAUGUGGAAGGGGCUGAUAGUUCCUGCAAUGAGAGUGUUACCACACAACUCUCUUCUGUGGAUACCCGGUGCUCUUCUCUGGAGAGUGCCCGGUUUCCUGAAACUCCAGCCUUUUCAUCUCAGGAAGAAGAAGAGGGAGCCUGUGCUUCAUCACCUGCCAACAGUGGCCCUGCUGCAGGGUCACAGGAUUCUGUAUGCACCCCUGGGUCUUUGCCUGUGGUAAGGGUACCCAGUGGUCAGGAGGAAGGGCAGGCAGCAGAAAUGACUGCCAUGCCUGAUGGAGAGGAGAUGGGGGAAAUCUGGCAGAGGAGGAGUAGUCUUCAGGCUGCUGCGGAGAACGAGUCACAUGAAGAAGACCCCGGAGAUGCCCAAGAAGCUUGUGAAGGCGCCACUGCUCAGGCUGAAGGAGCUACUGGAGGUUCUCAAGCCAACGGCCACCAGCCAUUGCGAUCGCUACCUUCAGUACGUCAGGAUGUUAGCCGAUACCAGAGGGUGGACGAGGCUCUGCCACCAAAUUGGGAGGCUCGGAUCGACAGCCAUGGAAGAAUAUUCUAUGUGGAUCAUGUAAACAGAACAACAACCUGGCAGAGGCCCACUGCUCCCCCCGCCCCACAGAUACUUCAGAGAUCCAAUUCCAUACAACAAAUGGAGCAGCUAAACCGUAGGUAUCAAAGUAUCCGCAGAACAAUGACUAAUGAAAGGCCUGAAGAACACACUAAUGCCAUUGAUGGAGCUGGAGAGGACACAGACUUCCAUCAGUCCAAUGCAGAUUUUCGACGGGAGAAUGUGCUGCCCCACUCUACCUCCAGGUCCAGGCUGACAUUACUGUUACAGUCUCCGCCUGUGAAAUUUCUCAUAAGCCCAGAGUUCUUCACCGUGCUGCAUUCUAACCCUAGUGCCUAUCGCAUGUUUACAAACAACACGUGUUUGAAGCACAUGAUCACCAAAGUCCGGCGGGACACUCACCACUUUGAACGCUACCAGCAUAAUCGAGACCUAGUGGGAUUCCUCAACAUGUUUGCUAACAAACAGCUGGAGCUGCCAAGGGGCUGGGAAAUGAAGCAUGAUCACCAGGGCAAGGCUUUUUUUGUUGACCACAAUUCCCGUACCACCACCUUCAUUGACCCCCGGCUCCCUCUGCAGAGCAGCAGACCCACGAGCGCUUUGGUGCAUCGGCAACACCUGACCAGGCAGCGCAGCCACAGUGCUGGUGAAGUAGGAGAGGACUCUCGACAUUCAGGGCCACCAGUUCUUCCUAGGCCAUCUAGCACCUUCAAUACCGUCAGUAGGUCACAGUACCAGGACAUGGUUCCAGUGGCCUACAAUGACAAGAUUGUUGCAUUUCUGCGUCAGCCCAAUAUCUUUGAAAUUCUACAGGAGCGUCAACCUGACCUUACCAGGAAUCACUCACUCAGGGAGAAGAUUCAGUUUAUCCGGACAGAGGGGACACCUGGAUUGGUCCGUCUUUCCAGCGAUGCUGAUCUUGUAAUGUUGCUAAGUUUAUUCGAAGAAGAGAUAAUGUCAUAUGUGCCUCCACAUGCCUUACUCCAUCCCAGCUAUUGCCAGUCCCCGCGCAGUUCCCCUGUGUCCUCACCUCAGAACUCUCCAGGUACACAGCGUGCCAAUGCUCGAGCUCCCGCCCCUUACAAACGAGAUUUUGAAGCCAAACUACGGAACUUCUACAGGAAGUUGGAAACUAAAGGAUAUGGCCAAGGGCCAGGGAAGUUAAAGUUAAUCAUCAGAAGAGACCAUUUGUUGGAAGAUGCUUUUAAUCAGAUUAUGGGCUAUUCCAGAAAAGACUUGCAGAGGAAUAAGCUCUAUGUCACCUUUGUUGGAGAGGAAGGGCUGGAUUACAGUGGACCUUCUAGAGAGUUUUUCUUCCUGGUAUCCAGAGAACUCUUUAAUCCAUAUUAUGGCUUAUUUGAAUAUUCAGCUAAUGAUACAUACACAGUACAAAUAAGUCCCAUGUCUGCUUUUGUAGACAAUCACCAUGAAUGGUUCAGGUUUAGUGGUCGAAUCCUUGGCCUUGCACUGAUACACCAGUAUUUGUUAGAUGCUUUCUUCACACGACCAUUUUAUAAGGCCCUUCUCAGAAUUCUGUGUGAUUUGAGUGAUCUAGAAUACCUUGAUGAGGAGUUCCACCAGAGCCUUCAGUGGAUGAAAGACAAUGACAUACAUGACAUCCUAGACCUCACCUUUACUGUAAAUGAAGAAGUUUUUGGACAGAUCACUGAACGAGAAUUAAAACCAGGGGGUGCCAAUAUCCCAGUCACAGAGAAGAACAAGAAAGAAUACAUCGAGAGAAUGGUGAAGUGGAGGAUUGAGAGGGGUGUUGUACAACAAACAGAGAGCUUAGUACGGGGUUUUUAUGAGGUGGUGGAUGCUAGGCUGGUAUCUGUUUUUGAUGCAAGGGAACUGGAACUGGUCAUUGCUGGAACUGCUGAAAUAGACCUAAGUGAUUGGAGAAACAACACAGAAUAUAGAGGAGGAUAUCAUGACAAUCAUAUUGUAAUCCGGUGGUUCUGGGCUGCUGUAGAAAGAUUCAACAAUGAACAACGACUAAGACUGUUACAGUUUGUCACAGGCACAUCCAGCAUACCCUAUGAAGGCUUUGCUUCUCUGCGAGGGAGUAAUGGGCCAAGGAGAUUCUGUGUGGAGAAAUGGGGGAAAAUCACUGCCCUUCCCAGGGCUCAUACUUGUUUUAAUCGUCUGGACCUUCCCCCCUAUCCAUCAUUCUCCAUGCUUUAUGAAAAACUUUUGACAGCUGUUGAAGAAACAAGUACUUUUGGACUUGAAUGAUCUGGCAACCAUAGUGCCCAGCCCUUUGUGGAUGGGACUCCGUGGAACUUGCCCUCUUGAAGAAUGAGUGAACCUUGGUUUGGGAGUUCUUAGAGAAUGGUUACUUUAUAGUGUGUCUGGGGACUGAGAUUCCAAGAACAAAUGCUCAGUAAUUUCUGGGGCGUAUAGGACAGUGGUGACAGAGUCUUCUUGGAAGGAUCUGGAUAGGCCUGAUGUGCAGGGAAAACCCAACAGUCUUUCAAUCAACAGUUCUUCCUGACUGCCAAACUUUUUUUUUUCCAUUCAUUAUGUUCCAAGAACAAGAUGAGACUGUACAGGAUCAACUACAUGGUAAUUAUAAGGACUUAUCAGGAUCCUGAAACUAGUCCUUGGACUUAUUCAAGCCAAACUGUGGCAUCACUUGACCCAAACUCCAAAUUAGCUAAAGUUAAAGAUAUAAUAAAGAAAAAUGUUUCCUGAAAGUACAUUAAUUUGUGCCCACUGUUAUGAUAGAACAACCCUUUCUUGCUGCACCCACGACUGAGCACCUGCAUGGUGUGCACCAUACAUUUCGACUUUUACAGAGUUGCCAUGAAUGGGAAUCUGAAUCACAGGGAGGAAACUAAAAUGGGCUGUCAUAAAGCUGAUUGGUGAAAAUACAUAUUCAGGUGGGAUGUGUCUAAGUACGGGUGGCUACAGAUGAGUAGUUAUACCAUGGAUUACUAAUGAAUUACAGAUUUUAUGCUUUAUAAUGCAUGGAAACCAUUUUUAAAAUAGCAAUUUAUCACAUCUAUAUUAGGAAAAAAUACACAGUGACUUCUGUUUAUUUUUGUAGGCUCAUUAUGUUUGUGUUAUUCAAAUUGUGAAUAAGAACCUUGCAUAUUGUGUCUCAUCUCUUCCAUUUCCAUGCAUUGUUUUAGUGUGUAUACUUUUAAGUACUCUCAAGGGGGAAAAAAUGCCUUUCAUUUUUAUAAGAGUAAAAAAAUUCCCCCAAAUAUUUUGCACUGAAUGUACCAAAGUCAACGAGAUGUUACAGUAUGACUGACAGCAGCAACUCAUUCACUAUUAGGAGUAAAUAAGGAAGUUUCUUAGAAUUCACCUUUCUUCCCCUGGCAAUGUCUACCACUACCAAGGCUGGGCACAUAAGGAAUGUUUUUUUUUUAGACUCAUAUUGUGUGAUCAUAUAAUAAGCAUUUAUUUUAAAUGCACCAGAUUUUUUUCCCAUUUACUAAUUACUUUGGGAUAACAUUUAAAAGGGAUGUUUUCUAUUCCUUCUUGUCCCUCCACAGCUCUAUAUUCAUUGUCCAAUACUAAGCUCACUUGGGAAGCCCAGAGCAUUGUGCAAGAAAUCAACACUCUAUAAGAGUAACAACAGCAAUUUUCCUCGUUCAUGGCCACCUCAGGAAUUUAAACUGUCUAUAAUGUGUUUCUAAGCCUGAGUUGUCACUGAUGCAUAAUUUUCUUAAGAAUGUUAAUUAAUUGGUGGUAUUUUCUAUGGUAUCUCACUAACUACAUGACAUCUGCAAUUUUAAGUAUGUUUAAUUUUACCAAAGUAUGUCCUUCACCUGAAAGUCAUUUGAGAUGUCUCUGCGUUUCUUUGUACAUAUUUUUAUGGUCAUAAUCUCUCAGAAUUUCAGUUGAAUGAAGUACAUUUGGGGCUGGGGGUGGAUAACAUAAACAUUAGAAUAAUUGGUCAGCUUAAUGUUAUUAGAACCUUGCCUGAAACAUUCUUUAAGAAUUAGAUAUAAGAACAACUCAAGGGCUCUUAUUGUAAAACAUUGGAAAUUUGGUAUGCACUAGAGGUGAUGUAUUUGAUUUUCAAGACAAUAAUGUUAUAACUGGCUAUUGUUCAGUUGGUUGGGUUGCAUUUACUGUUGUGACCUCCAAGAAGGAUGUCAUUUAUUCCUUGUGGACUGUGUUACAAUCCUGCACUGAUGGCAUGAUCUGUUUGGUGGAGAAUAUCCUUAGAGAGUAAGAUCUAUUUGUGUUCUGUAAGCUUCCCUGAAAAAAAAAAAACAAGGAAAAAAACAACCAGAUUUGGACUUAGAAUAUUUGUUUGCACUUAGUGAGCACAGUUAUAGAGAUCAUAUCUUUAAUUAUGCAAAUAAUUAUGGCUUCUUUUGUAUUGUUUUCCCAUGUUAUAAAGACAAAAUAGUAUAGCAUACUUUUAUGCACAUGUUUUUAAUCAAUGUGUAUGAAAAUAUAUUCACAAACUAGUAUUUACAAUGUAGUCUUUUAACAAAAUAUCUGAUGAUCACACUUCUUCAGGAACUACACUCAGUUUUCACAUUUGGUAUCAUUUCAGUUUGUGAUACUUUUACUGCUUGCCAUAGUCCAUAAUCUAUCAGGUAAGAGAUUCAAGUGGAGAGAGAAACAGCUCUUCAGUUAUUUUAAAAGCAGAUUGCUGUAUUAGGUAUGUUAACUUCUCCCAAAGUAUAGAAUUGCUUAAUGCAUACAAACAUUCUUAGACUAUCUAUUAGAAGCUUUUUUCAGAACUUGGAAUUUCUGAUGAGCUCCUUAGCAUGUUUGCCUAAUUUAUUCUUCUUCAUUAGAAAAGGACAGAAAACACAGAACUAUAGUUAAACAAAAACAUUCAAGAACAUUUCUUCAGAAUAAACUAGAAAAUCUUUACAAAAGCAGUCCACCACUGAAAACACCCAUAAGCAUUUUCCCUUCCACAACAUAUGUGCUCUGAUAACCAGGCUUCAAAAAAUUCCAAAGUGAUGUUCAUUUACUAUAUCAAUGGCAGGAUCUAUAUAUGUAGUAAUUCUCAGUGCCAAAUAUCUCAGUAAAUAUCUCUUGGAUGGAAACAGAUACAAAGCUGUUUUCUAAUUUCUUUUAGGUUCCCAUUCCAUUUCUUCACUAACAGUCCCCCAGAUCCUUUAAUUGCUAUUCAUAUUUGGUGACUUUGACAUGAAAUCAUUUGUUAAUGCAAGUCAAGUCCUGGACAGACAGUGGGCAUUUAUAUUUGACAGUUUCAGGUGCCCCCAGCAGCAGUACUUGGUCUGUGAAGUGGGGUCUCCAGAGAAGGAUGAACCUAGUGCAUAGGUCUUCAGAUUAUCAAAAUGAAACACCAAAAGAGUCAUGUAGUUUCACAUGGCUUUGACUGCAGCUAGAGUAGAACAUAUCUUAAGUUUGAAACAUGAAAAGCUGUGUCCUGCCACUAAAUGCAGGUCCAUUUGGACAGUAUUCAUUACCUUCAUGGUUGCUCACAACAUGGAUCUCAAGUUUGGCCAGACUUUUCUGGCUUAAAAUGAACUCAUAUUGUGUUCCUUAAAUGGUUUUAAUUCAACAUUAACCCUUGUAUUAAGUACUCACUACACAGAGUACAAUGCUAGGGCCAGGUGAUAAAAAUAUGAAAUAUGGCACAUUUCCUGCCCUCAGGGUGUUUACAAUUUAGUAAGAGAGAUGAGAUAUAUACAAAUGACUUCACAGUGGGCCUUCCUUCCACUAGUGUGGAACACAGCUUUUCCAUGUCCUAGUCAAUAGUCUGUCUUCAUGAGUUUCUGUGGCCAAAAAAUUCGUCACCUGCUGGCCAAAUUUCUGGUGAUUAACCUUUAUGAUUAUACCUAGGCUGGUCCUCAAACAGUAUACAUAUUAUUGUCAGAGAUCUACACUAAAUUUUUUAAACAUAAUAUUGCUUUAGCAUAAAUAUUUUUGCUACAUAUUGAAAAUUAUUAUUGAGCCAUUUAAAGGUAUGUCUAUAGCAUAAAUCCUAUCCAUUACCACAGGAAGCUCAUAUCAAUAUAAUGAAUCAAAAAUAUGUGAUUGCAUAUAUUAAAUGAGACUAUAGAGAAAUAAGAUCAAUUUUUGUCUGUGGUUUGUAGAGAUAUGUGGUAUAGUGGAAAGAUUCAUAGAGUUCAAGUCAGAGAAGCUGGGUUCAAAUUCCUACUCUACCACUUACUUUUGUGACCUUAGACAAAUCAUUUAAUCUAUCUGUGCUUCAGUUUCCUCAUCUUUAAAAUGAAGGGGCAGGCCUAGAUGGCCCCUAAGGUUCUUUGGGACUCUAAAUUAUUAUCCAAUGUGACUCUAAAUGUAUUAUCUUGAGAAUAUCUUAUUCCUAUAAACUCAUAUAUUUUACAAUCCCUUCUAGAAAAUGACAAAAUCAUUGUGUUAGCCAAUAUAUUCCAACAUCAGUGGAUUUUACAAGUUGAUUGACUUAUGCCUCUUGUCUUUUUAAACUAUCUUACUAAAAUAAGAUAGCCUCCUAAAAAUAUAUGUAAAUCUACAUCCAUGAAGGAAAAAAAAACUCUCCAAAUUCAAUAGUUGCAUUUUAAUUUCUUUUGGGAGAAAUUCAAACCUCAGCCCAAUGUUUUAUUUUUAGUUGUCCUGCUAAAACACAUUGAUUCAGUGUUUAUGCUCUGACUUCAAACAACAAUAACAAAAACUGACACAACUGUUCUAUUACAUAUAUGUAUAAUAUAUGUACAUAACAAUUCUCAAUGUCAUAUAUCCCUGUAGAUAUCUAUUGGAUGGUACUGGAGGCACACAUUUUUAUUGUUAUCAUAUGAUCGUUUCUUUUUAGUUAGAUGGAGAUACUUCCACUGAAGUCUCUCCCAAUUCCUCAUAUUGAUGUGGAAGUAGUCUUGGAUUGUCAGCAUAAUCAAACUCUGGCAAAUCCUACCAAGGUGGAAAAGCUUCAAAUAUGGGUCUAGUGAGAGAAUACAUGUCUCUCCUCUAAGAUCAGCUUAGUUAAAAAUGGAGACAGUAAUAGAAGGUUAGCUUCCUCAGUCACAGUAGUUCAUGGAGCACCUAAAUGGAUAGAGUGCUAGACCAGGAAUCAGGAAGACCUGAGUUUAUUAUAUGCCCACUAAGAAAUGAAGAUAUUGCAAUUUGCACCAUGGAAGAGAAUAUCCAAUGAAGAUAAGAUCAUGAAUCCUUAAGAUAUUCCAGUAAAGUAAUGUGGAUGGAAGCCCAUUUAACAGCCAACACUCACUUUCCUACAACCAACUUAUGCCAAGAGAGCUUCUAAUACCUUUUUUCAUUGGUGAGAUUAGAUAAAGGAAAUAGGAGUUUUCAAAUGUCCUACUCAAACUGUUCUUACUUCUUCAUAAUAUAAUCUAUCCUAAAAAGCAUCUGUUAAACAUACUCUAAUUAUUUAUGCUUCUUAUUUUUAUCCACACAAAUGAAAUAACAAAACAAAAGCUAUUAAUGAACCUGCAGUGGUAAACAGUACUGCAGUAGCCCCCUAGCCUGACAGAGGAAACACUUUUCUUUGAGAGAAAAAAUAUGAGAAAUGAGAAAAAAUUUCAAAAUUUAUCCAAAACCCAUACUCCAUCUCCCACAGGACAGUCCUCUAGUCAUAUACAAUAGGUUAUUUCUUUUAAAGUGUAUGAAAAAAAGUGCCAUGAUAGUUUAAUGCAUUAGAAGUUACUACUAAAAGAGGAAACAAAAUAUUUUCUGCACAUUUUUUGUCCAAACUAAUUCUACCAAGGUAAAUAACCUAAGUAACAAUCAAUUUACAACUAUUUUGUUUGUAAAAUAGGCACACGAUAAUUACAUUCAAAUAUUUAUUUCACCCUAGUGGUUAAAAAAAAAACAACAGAAAGGAUUUGGUAUAAUUUCCAAAAGAAAUGAAAAUCUUGAACCCUCUUGCUAUGUCUCCAUGGUCUAGCUGAUUUUUAGCAAUAUUCUAGCAGCCAGUCAAUAAGCAUUUAUUAAGUACUUGUUAUGUGGCAGAUACUGUCCUAAGUGGUGGAAACACCAACAAAGGCAAAAAAAAAAAAGCUACCUGCCCUCAAGGAGCUCACAUUCUAAUGGGGAGACAACAUGCAAAUGACUACAAGUAAAACAGAGCAGGUUGACAUUCAAGCAUCUUCAUUCUUCACCAUAGGGUGACUUGGUUGAAGCUCAAUUUUUGCUAAAGCAAAAUUCCUUUUUUUUUUAACCUGAGAGUUUAAUUUUUUAAGAACUCCUUAAGUUCUUCACGACUGCACCCUUUCCCUGGUACAGAGCUGAACACAUGCUAGUGACAUUAGAGCUAGCUGUAUUUUGGCUUAAGGCCAGUUUCUGCCCAUUAGGAGGGCAUUCAAAAUGAGAAAUGGAGACAAGGAGCCUAACAUUUGAGCCACCCUGAGAAUGUAAUAGUCAUUACUGACCAGCUGUCAGGCUAAGGGAGUAGCAACAGUAUUCUAUGAGUCUAGCACAAAGAAUGUAUCAAGGGUGUGUGCUACUUAUAUCAUAGCAUUUUUGGACCAGAAAAAACUCUGAACAGAUGAAGUGAUGGUAAAGACCAAAAGGAGGGGUGGAGGGACAGUGCUAAUUUUGUAGCAUCUCUUUUUGGUGGAGCAGGGAGGGUUAGCAUAAAGUUGAACUUGAUUUCUGAUUAUGAAAAAUAUACUGUAUUGCCUAGUGAGGCCAUUUUUUGAAAAUCCAUCCGUUGGGCAGGGGUGGGAGGGAGGAACACUCAUUUUAUAACUAUAGUAGGUUGGUUAUUAUAUAUACUGUACAGCAGAAUUUAGCCAAAAAGUAUUAAAGCUAGUCAUAUAUUGACCAGAAGGUUCAAAAGUCUAACAUUAAUAUGUAUUGUGGGUUUUUUAAUUAAUUAUAAUUAUUGAGCCUUGCAUAGUAAAUAAAAUGAAAGGGUGGUGCUUCAAUACUUUUAUUAUAUUUAAUUUAUGCUUAGUGGACAUUCAAUGAGAAGAGCUUUGGGGAAAUCAUUCAAAUCAUGUUUUCUAGUGAUAUCUUAAAUUUACCUAUUAAAUGAUAUAAGAAAUAAAAUCUAAGCAGAGUUUAGUUAUGAAAUGACAAAUCAAGAUCUGAGCAGUGUUUGUACUUUAACAAGUUAAUUAAGAUGAAAGGUCUUUCAUCCACAAAAGGUCAUUUCUUUGUCUUUCAUGACUCAGUGAUUGAGAAGGAUAGGACAUUAUUUUAAUGGAAAGGCCAAAAUACUUGUGAGGGUGGUUUUAGAGUAUCUUACAAGAGUAAAAGGCUCAUUUAUACAAAGUUUUUAUGUCUAGUGUCCUUGGGCAGGUCAAGUCAACAAGCAUUUUAUUAAGCACCCGCUAUAGGCCAGGCACUGUGCUAAGGCUGUGGUAAUGUCUUCCCAUCACAUCUUCCUUUUGAAAUGUCAUGACUUUGAAAUAUAUGCCAGAGAUGGUGUAUGGGUCAAAGUAAAUCAGUGAUCACUGAAGCAAGGCAGGGACCACCAAUGGAACUCUAACUGACUACCACCCUUUGUAGGAAAAGACACAUAGGAACAUUCUGGAAAGAUUAAAGGGGAAACACAUGGUAUGAAACCCUAAUGCUGCAAAAUGCUUAAUGGUAAUGUAGUUAUCCUUUGCAGGAUGUUCCAAGCAAUUCUGGGGGUUGUCAAUAUGUAGGAAAGUACAUAAGAUUACAUGUUUUUAUAAUAGGGAUGCAGGCAUUCCAAAAUGAACUCAUAAAAUCCAUGGAUCUCCUUCAUCUCUUACUGAAAGUAUUACUUAAUCUAAUUUUAUAAUAAAUCUUUCUUUUUAAAAGAUUUAAGACACUGUAAAAAAAAUUUAUUUCUAAGGUUUAAGUCGAGCACUAGCAGUGCGUUUUUUAUGCCUUUUCAUGCUUUUCUUGCCUCACGUGUCCACUCUUCUACAUAUCACAUGCAAUAGCAAUGUUUCUAUCUUUCAGGGAGUUUGAUUUAAGUUGCACAUUCAUUCAAUGUGACUUUUAAUAGAGAUUUAAAAAACCAAUGGGAGAUAUUUGAUAGAAGCAUUAAGAUUGCACAUCUCUCAUUUCAUCUUUUAUCAGUUAAAUUUCAUCUUCUUUCUUCAAGGCAAAUACAGCAAAUUGUAAAACAUACAGGAAGUGGUUCAUGGGCAAUAUUAUAUAAAGCCUGUGACUUUGAAAUGUAAUAUAAUGUUUGCUUUCUGGGAAAUUUGUAUACUGAUCCUCAUCUGAAUAUCUGACUCUUGUGUUGUAUUUUUUAUGAUUCUAAAAUGCUUUGAGGGAAAGAUAUUUUAAUGUGUACAAUUUGUUUUAUUUUCAUACUGAUCUCUAUUUUUGUUUAAAACCAUGUUGCAUCAUAAAAUCAUUUAAUCCAAAAUAAAUCUUCUUUUAUGAAAAGGAA